AUGAGGGGCAUAUACUUCUUGCUUUUAUUGUGUACAUUGAUUGUUGCAACAAUAGCGGACUCACCGCCGUCUUUUUGCAAAUGUACUUGCUUUACGAAUAGCACCAUCAUUCCCUUGUCUUCACAUUCGAGCUCUUCAUCCGAUAAAUCAGACUCGAAGCACGACUCUCGUGCCCCAGCUGCAACAUGUACUAUGUGUAAUCGAGCAUUCUGUCUCGCUCAGCGACUACCAAUAUGCAAAGAGGCCGAGGAGAAAGAUGUUUUCACAACGUGCUUUCAACGAGAUAGCAGAAAGGAUCAGAUUGUGGUACUGACUUUCAUUGCUGGUACUGUAGGCUUGCUUGGUUGGGCAGCGGUGAGAAAAGUUGUUGACAAGAGGAAGGGCUUAAACGUUGGACUUGGGGAUACGCAGCAAGGGUAUGCUCCGGUUGGAGCCAGAUAA